AGAAGGAAACCACGGUUCGGUCUUGUUUUGUUUAGCUGCUACACGCAGCUCCUUCGGUGCCGCAAUGCGCAUCGAAAAGUGCUAUUUCUGUUCGGGACCAGUUUAUCCCGGACAUGGAGUCAUGUUCGUAAGGAACGACUGCAAGACAUUCAGAUUCUGCAAAUCAAAAUGCCACAAGAACUUCAAGAAGAAGCGUAACCCAAGAAAGACCAGAUGGACCAAAGCUUUCAGAAAGGCUGCGGGGAAAGAGUUGACCGUGGACAACUCUUUGGAGUUUGAAAAACGCAGAAAUAUUCCUGUGAAAUAUAAGAGGGAGCUGUGGGACAAGACCGUGGAGGCAAUGAAAAAGGUGGAGGAAAUUAAAGUGAAACGACAGGCAGCAUUUAUCAUGAACAGAUUAAAGAAGGGCAAACAGCUGGAGAAAGCGGAGGCCAUCAACGAAGUGAAGAAGAAUAUCCACCUCAUCAAAGCUCCACAUGCAGGCAAAGCCAAACAGUUGGAAGACAAGAUGGUGCAGAGGUUACAAGAAGAUGUGGAAAUGGGGGAUGAAGAUAAUUAACUUAAAACCCAGGCUUUGGUUUCUUUGCUUAAACCUGGCUGCUGAUUGGUCAUUUUAUUCAGACACAGUAAAGAAUCACCAGUGAACCUAAUGUUUUUUUUUUUUUCCUUUUUAUAAAUAAAUGGUUAUCAGAACUAACUUUAAAGAAUUUGUUUGUUUUGCGUUGAAGAUUGUCUUGCAUCAAUAUUAAAAGGUUACCACCAAUAAAUUUAACACAACC